GCACUCUUGCUUUUAUUUCUGCAUCCACACUCCGCAAGAUGAAGCACGGCAUACACCAGCGCAAGCUCGGCAGGAUGCCAGCACACAGAAUCGCACUCCUCCGAAAUCUUGUUUCCGCCUUGCUGCACCAUGAGUCUAUCAAGACGACCCUGCCAAAGGCGAAGGAGGCCGCAAAGAUGGCCGAAAAGAUCAUCACGCUCGGCAAGAAGGGCACUAAUCAGGCAAGAAGCAAAGCUACUGCCUACCUCAUGCCCGCACACCACGCUCCAUCAUCGUCGUACGCUCCCUCCCCAUCCAACCCUACACCUACCCUUCCCCCGCUUGCCCAUCCCCAAUCCCUCGAUCCCGAAACUUUUACCCCGCCCACCUCCCUUCUCCCCAAGUUAUUCACCACCCUCGCGACCAGAUAUGCUGCGCGUCCGGGAGGAUAUACUCGGAUUCACAAAUUUGGACGUAGACCUGGAGAUAAUGCUCCGCAUGCCAUCUUGACGUUGGUCGACGGGCCGAGAGAUUUGAAGUUUGAAAUGACAGCUCGAACAGCCGGGAAGGAGAGUUUAGAUGCAAUGGAAGGCUGGGAGCAAAUUGAGAGUAGUGUUGACGAAUGGGAGGGAUUAUCCGAAAAAACGAAGAGAGAUGUCGCAAAGGUCCUGAGGUACCGUAGUGAAGACGAUAAAAAGUUGUUCAAAGCGAAAGCUACAUCGUUUUCUGACACCGUCACUGUUGAAGAAUCAGCCUAUGGGGGUGUUCGAAAACCCGCUCUUGAGCUACAGAAGCCCACGUUCCGUGCACCUAGUCUGAACCUUCCUAGAUCGGGCAAGCACAUACAUGCCGGCGAACGACUUUCCGGAAUGUCAGUCGCCCACACAGGCUUGGGGUUAGCUCGCGGGGCUUUGGCUCGAAGUAAAUCAGGCAAGAGCGGACUGGAUAGGACCCCGUUGCUUUGGGGACAGUCCAACAGGCUGGACAGAGUCAAGGGCGAGGUGGUCACGUCAAGCGCUGACGCUUAGAUUCCAUGCAUGUUGCU